AUGUCAAGCCCCACAGGAGCCUGGCUGGGAUUUAUCACCAUUGUGUACUGGAUAGGACUGCUUCUAGCUUACACCGUUGCUCCGUAUAUAUCCGACCGGUUUGGGCGAAAGAUAGGUCUAUAUAUCGGGCUUCUAUUCGUGACUGCCGGAGCAAUACUACAAGGACUCUCGCCGAAUUCGACCGGCUGGAUUGUUGGACGUGGUCUGGCAGGGUGUGCAGCCUGCUUUUGGAGUUGUAAUGCUCCAGUACUCAUCAGCGAGAUCGCAUACCCGUCGCAUCGAGCAACCGUUAGCUCCUUCUAUCAAUGUGGUUAUUAUGUCGGAAGUACCCUCGCUGCUUGGAUUAUCUACGGCAUGCUGGGUAACUCUUCCUCAUCGAGCUGGCAAAUUCCCUCGCUCCUGCAACUUAUUCUACCACUUUGUGCACUGCCUGGUCUCCUGCUCUGUCCAGAGAGUCCUCAGUGGCUCCUAUCGCAGGGACGAGCUGAGGAGGCCCACGCACUUCUUACAAAGUGGCAUGCUGGGGGUGAUAGGAACAACCCACUUGUCUCUCAGCAAAUGCAGGAGAUUCAGGCUGCUCUCAAGAUUGAGACCGAAUCUGUACAACACACAAGCUACCUCGAUAUGCUGAAGACAAAGGCCAAUCGUCGCCUUCUCAUAAUCACCCUAUCCAUAGCCCUGUUCAGCCAAUGGGGUGGAAAUGGGGUUGUCUCGUUUUAUCUUACAGAGGUCCUCAAAGCCGUCGGCAUCACCAAGUCAAGCGAGCAACUUAUCAUUACAGCUUGCCUUCAGAUAUGGAAUCUUAUCUGCGGAAUUAGCGCGGCUCUCCUGGUGGACCUAGUGGGCAAGCGUUCUCUGUUUCACUCAUCGGCAAUCAUCAUGACCAUCAGCUAUAUUAUGAUAACAGCAUUCACGGCGAGCUUUGAAGAACAUCAUGAACGCUCGGUGGGAACUGCUGUGAUUCCAUUUCUGUUCAUUUAUUUUGCUGGUUACGGCAUUGCCCUGUAA